AUGUCGAUAACGGCCAUGGCCAACGUGGCCCUCGCGGCUACGUCGUCGAUGGAGGCGUCCAUGGCGCUGUGCACCAGCACGUGGCUGCCGGCCAACGGCAUCCUCUCACUGGACGGCCAGUCGGACGACGCCAUCCUGACGCUGGACAACGACGCCCUGUUCCAGGCGCCCUGCCCGACGGCCACGAUCCCGAGCGUCUCUGUCGCUAUCAGCGACCCGGAGACCACCAGCAGCGGAGGCUCGAGUUUGGACCUGCAGGACCUGGGCGAUGGCGAUCCGGACGACAGCCCGCACUUUUCCGACUUUCGAGACCCCUUUUACGCCUCGAGCUUUCCCAUCUGCUACGCCCUGGCGGCUACCACCGUUACCGCCUACAUGCUCGUUAUCAUGCUUUUUAUCACGCCACGGUCCUUUUUCGACAGUGGUGUCGUCUAUCUUGGUCGCCCCAACAGCUUCACCAACAGCUCCUCGGGAGGUGUGAACAUUGGUGGGCGGCCGUGGCUACAGAAACUAGCCGCCUUGACGGUCGCGAUAUCUCUAACGAUUGCCACGGCGGACACAUUCCGAAUCGCAAAAAUCCAGUACAUAUGGGGAGUGCAGAAUGCAAAGGUGCUUCAGAACGAGGUCAUGGGGAGCACCGAGCUCAAGGCCAUCCGCAUCGUGUCCGACACGUUUCUCUGGCUCGCACAGGCGCAGACGCUGAUCCGCCUGUUUCCGCGCCAUCGCGAGAAAAUUAUCAUCAUGUGGGCUGCUUUCUUCCUCAUCAGCCUCGAUGUCAUCUUUAGCGCUCUCAACAGCUUUUUGUACUCUGACCCGGACAGCAUUGGUAAUUCCAUGCCCAAGAGUUUUGCCCAUCCCAUCCCAGCGCUGAGUUACCUGUUCCAGCUAGCGCUGGGGGUGCUGUACGCUGCGUGGGUUGUGUACUACGCAAUUAUGAAGAAGAGAUAUGCCUUUUACCAUCCCCUGAUGAAGAACAUGGUUUUGGUGGCCAGCAUUUCUCUGGGCGCCAUCCUAAUACCAGUCGUCUUUUUUAUACUCGAUAUUUCAAAGCCAGAGUUUACUGGCUGGGGUGAUUAUGUGCGUUGGGUUGGUGCGGCGGCAGCCAGUGUGGUGGUGUGGGAGUGGGUGGAACGAAUUGAAGCACUGGAGCGUGAAGAGAAAAAGGACGGAAUACUUGGAAGAGAGGUGUUUGAUGGAGACGACACGCUAGAAGUAAACGCAUCAGAACUCCCUUGGUCACGAAAGCGAAAGGGAUACAAGGUGGAAGGUGGUGGAGGCAAUGGCUGGCCUGGUGUACCAGCCAUGAGCCGCCGAAGCCGGGAAAGAGAGCGUGGGGAGAGGACAUCAGGACAUAUCUUGAGACCGCCAGUGUGGCUCACGCGACCUGCCCCGGCCGUAACACAAGCCAGCAGAACAGACACCACCAGUGCUGCCAGCAGCACCGUUUACGCCGUGAGAUACCAGGGAGGCUCCGAUGCCCUGGCGAGAGCAGCCGAUCUGGCGAGAGCGACUCAGAUUCAACCCACGACAGAAGCCUCGAGGCCCGAGAAUCACCUCCAGAGCCGCCAUCAUGCUGUGGAAGAUGGGGUUUCGACAAGCCAGUCGCCUACAUCCAUCUCUCCAGGGGACUCUCCAUCCGUUCACAUUGCGAUACGGGAGCCGGAGAGGUCGAUGGAUUUGGAGGCGAACUCUAGCUCGGGCGGCGGUCGUUGGCAGUCACUACUACGUCGUGGAAACGGCAGCCAGGUCCCUUCGCCGCUGCAAUCGCCUAGAGGGCUAUCAGAUGCCCGGUCAACCUUUACGACAAGAGCCCGAAUCGAUACCAACCGAUGGGAUAUCCGGAGCAGGCUGGAAGAGUUUGCUGUGAGUCAAGCUGACAGGAUUCGAGAAAGGUUCCGGCCCACGACAGACACGGAUAAUCUCCCCGUAACGGUGAUACCGGCGCCAGCACGACGAGGCGCGGCGCUGCAGCAAGUUCUGGAGGAAGAAGGCGAGGAACUAAGCAGCUCGGCGGCAUCGGCCAUACGGCGAGCGCGGGGAUCCAGCAGCAGCAGCUCUUCCGAGGAGGUGUACGAAGUCAGGGGCCGGAAUAACAUGGCGCCCAACGCAUACUCGAGAACGACAGCAUCAGCGCACGAGAGGCCCAUACCGCCAAACAACCCGCCGCUGUGGCCGGGGGAGCACGAGCACGCACAUGGACACGAACGGGAACGAGAGCGAGAACGAGAGUCAGAACCAGACACUGGGCAAGACGACGGACGCACGAUACCGCCAGGCGGGCCCGGUGCCUCAUAG